GACGUUAUUUGGACAGAGAAGGAGAACAAAGAUUGUGUCCAGAGGCUUAUUAAAUUUCCUCUAUUGAAGGCGAGAUAGCAUAUUAAGCACAGUUUUAUAAUCUGACCAAACAGUUUGCUUCCAGGAGGCGAAGCAUGCGGAGAGACUGCUGCAGCAUCAGGACAGCACAGCCGCAUCGUGAUGGAGAGCCUGGUUUUUAAAGCUUGACAGAGUGUCGAAGAGAGUCUGUUCCCAGCAGCCGCCAUGCAGUGUCACCUGUUGCUUUCCAUCUACAUCGUCACCUUUCUGAUGGGGGUCCCCGCCAACAUCCUGGCAUUCUGCACCUUCUGCCGCAAGGUGCAUCGCAAGCCGGCCCCGAUAGACAUCCUCCUCCUCAACCUCACCAUCUCCGACCUCAUCUUCUUGGCUUUCCUGCCAUUUAAGAUGAAGGAGGCCUCUGAUGACAUGGACUGGCUGCUGCCCUACCCUCUGUGUCCCUUCACUGGUUUUAUGUUCUACGUCACCAUCUACAACAGCACCUUGCUCCUCACUGCUGUGAGCGUGGAGCGCUACCUGGGGGUCGCCUACCCCCUCAGGUACUCGCUGUGUCGCAGGCCUCGCUACGCCGUGUGGGCCAGUAUCAUUUUCUGGGUGGUGACCUCUCUGAACCUCAGCGUCGUCUACAUCAUUCCCUACGCCCAGUGGAGCAAAGGUGCUGACAGUAACAGUAACAAUGGCAGCACCGCCAACAGCCCUGCACGGCCUCCACCCACCUGCUACCUGGAUUUCACCAAGGACGAGCUCAAAAUCUUGCUGCCAGUCCGCCUGGAGCUCUUCCUCGUCCUCUUCUGCGUCCCCUUUGUGAUCUCUACCUUCUGCUACGUCAACUUCAUCCGCAUCCUGUCCCGUCUUCCAAACAUCGGCAGGCGACGGAGGCUGCGUGCCAUUGGUCUGGCGCUCGGCACGCUGAUUGUAUUUGCUGUCUGUUUUGGGCCUUACAAUGUGUCCCACGUGGUGGGGUAUAUUCGUCAGGAGAGUGAGGAGUGGAGGAACGUGGCGUUGCUCUCCAGCACCUUCAACGCAUGCCUAGAUCCGUUUAUCUUCUACUUUUCCUCAGCGGCUGUCAGAAGCAUGUUAAACCACUGCUUCAAGAACAUCAUGGCAAAGCUGCACAUCCUGAGAUGUGGAGGAGCUCCUCACAGUCCUCACCAGAGACCCACUAAGGCAGCUGAGAAAUACAAGGAAACUGCCCUUCCUUGAAAGUUCAGGAGGAAUUACUCAAGUAAAUGUGUGUUUGUUUGGACAAAAUGAAGUGUUUGUAAUUGUUACUCUGCUCUUACCAAUGAGAGGCAACAGGAAAAUUUUAGAUUGAAGCAACUGUGUCCUGUUCUUACGCCUUUUAGAGGCAAUGCUUGCUCCAGAGCUUCAUAGGAUACAAUAAAAACACUUUAAUGUGCAAGUUAUUUAUUUGCCGAUUCUGUUUUUGUUCAGUUACAAGUUUCAUAGCCUCUAUAAACAAAUAUCUGCAGAUGAAUGCAGAAUCUGUAGGCGAGGGACCAAGAUUUGUCACAUUUGAGUGGGCUUUUAUUGCAACAGUCCAUGUCAAGAACAAAAGAGGUGGAAAGCAUUGGCCUAAAUGGGCUUCAGACGUAGAUACUUGUUUAUAGAGAUUAGCAGUGAUUUGGCUUUCUUGUCAUUCUUACUUAUCAAGUUGCAUUUUGUCCGGAUAUCUGCUGGCUACACUGGAAGUCAGAUAACAUUGGCUGCUGACCGUCCAUGAAUGUGCUUGGGUCUGCUGGAGGUUUUGUCUGCCACCGUCGCCAAUUGUUGGGUCUCUGUAAAUAAGUCUAAAUUGUUAUAAAGACUACAGUCUAGCCCUGCUCUGUAUGGAGAGUGUCAUGAGAUAACUUUUGUUAUUUUGUUCGACUGGUUAAUCAGUAAUAAAUGGUUUGUCGUCUUGAUCCUCAAAAGCCUUCUUUCAGAAAUCCCCCGGAGGGUCCUUCCAAGUUAAAUAACGAGUGACCAAAAAUACAAAACAAACCAUCUCUUAAAAGUGUGCUAUGCCGCAAAAGCAACCACAGCAUAUUUACCCAAGUGACUCAGCACCAGUUUCAUUUAUUUUUUUGACAUUUGAAGGCUGUAAAACAGCA